AUGAGCCUAUCUAGAUUACCAGACGAAAUCAUCCUAACGAUCGCAGAUCAUGUGAGCUCGCUGAAGAAUAUCAACGCCUUGGCUCAAACAAAUCGGCGUUGUUACAAAACGCUAACCCGACAUCUCUACCUGUCUUCUGCUACGGAGGACAGUAUACUCAGAUGGGCUGCGGAACGCGGGCGUACAGGAACUGUUCAAAUUCUUUUCGACUUGGGUGCAUUUGAUGGCUUGCAUACGGUGACGACUAGGCUCCAAGAGCCCUUGAAAAUUGCAGCACGCAAUGGACAUCCCGAGACUAUUACGUGUCUUGGCAAACACGCAGACAGAUUUUGUGAAAACAUGCAACCGUAUUACCAGAAUGCAUUUGGCGAAGCGAUCGAAGCUGGCCAAAUUGAUUCGGUGAAGGUUCUUAUCAAUCACGGAGCGGACGUGAAUGGCGUAUGCGCCGAUGGCGACAAAGCAAUCCACAGCGCGGCUCUUAGCAAUGGCGGAGAAAUAAUCAAAUUUCUGGUCAUUAAUUGCGGUGUUAAUAUUUAUAACCUUGACCAACAUGGUACCUCUGCGUUGCAUAUUGCUUCUGCAUAUGGGAAAUUGCGUGCUGUAAACGCACUUUUGGAUUGUGGAUUCGAUCCUAACUUCAUUGACGACCAUGGCGAUGCGCCCAUUCAUAUUCUAAACAGAAGUCGGAGGGGUCCUGGACGUUCCUUCUCGAUUCUCCCGAAAGAUUAUGAAAAUGUCACCGGUACUUUGCUAAAACGUGGUGCAGACCCUUAUCGGCGGGAUCGGUACGGGUUUAUGCCAUUAUGGAUUGCCGCUUCUCUAGGUAGAGACAUCGACGUGGAGUUAUUAUUGAAGCACGGGGUCGAUCCUAAUGGUCUGGAUGCGAAUGGCAACUCGCCAAAACCUAUACCACUUGAGGAGUUUCAAGAGAUGAUAAAGGAAAGUCGACAUCAUGACAGAAGAGAUCCUCCGGAUGGAUUUACCCACCGGGUUUGCUGUACACCACUAUGUAUUGCUGCAUUCCUGGGUGCUAUUGAAGUCUUGCAUUUAUUGCUAAAGCAUGGAGCAAAUCCAAGCUUCAUGGAUCCAUGCGGUGAUUUGCCGCUCCACCUAGCCGUGAUGCGAAAGAGCGAGUGUAUGGUUCGUAUGCUUAUCACCCGGGGUGCCUCGGUACAUACCAGGGAUCGCCAUGGUUGGGCUCCGCUUCAAUGGGCUUUGAAGUUUGGCGGGCACGAUGUGGUGGAGCUUCUAUUAAAUGAGGGUGCCAGCAUUGACUGUAUCGACUCUAAUGGUAUCGAUCCAAUUUUUCGAGUGCUGGAGUAUGGUCACGAAACAAGAAAUCUUCCCCUCCUGCCACCGCAAAUCGUCAAUACCGGAGACUGGCUCAUUACAUUAUCUCAGGGGAGAUGGCCCCACGGCGGCUGUACAUGUUGCUAUGGGGGAGAGCGGGAGCCUCACACCUGUCAACGCGUGGUGGGCUGGUUCCUCGAAAGAGGAUCUAGGGUGGAUUCGAAAGACGCGCUUGGUCGUACUAUGCUACAUCAAGCAGCAUUCCAGAAUUGUAAAGGAACAGUCAGACUUCUACUUGAGAAAGGGGCCGAUCCGAUGUCCAAAGAUCAAUUUGGCCAAAUCCCCCUUCAUAUGGCAUGCAGUUCAAGCUUUUAUCAUGCAAGGGAUGUUUUCAAGAUGCUACUUGAUGCUGGCUCCGAUCCUAAUUUGAAAGACAACAACGGUUAUACCACACUCCAUAUGGCGGCAAUGAGUCUGUAUGCCACAGGAAUCCGUCUUCUCAGACUGAGUGGUCUGGCUGAUUUCACCGCAACGGAUAACAACGGCAACACCCCAUUGCAUUUAGCAGUAGAUGUUGAAAUUGGAAUGACUGAUCAAGAGACCAUCAUGGAGGUACGUAAAGCUGAUCUUGAUUUGAGCUUGCGGAACAAUGAUGGUCACACUGCAUGGGAUUUGGCAACGAAGGAGACGGAUCAGGAUGAACAUCAGGAGUUGUUCGUCGAUGCCUUAACUUGCGAACUCCCUGAGGAUGAAUCUGAAAGCGAGUCCUCUGAGUCAGAUGACUAA